UCAUGAAUAUGCAAACGAGGGGCGGGGCGGUGUCGGCCGGACCCGGAAGCGGCGCGGCUGAGUCACCCCGGCGGCAGCGGCGGCGGUGAUGAGGCAGCAGCCGCGGCGGGCGGCCGUGUCGUCGUCCUUCGGUGCCUGACAAGCCUCCUGGCGCCCGCCCUUCUCCCCUCCCGUUCCGCAUCGCCUCGCCUCGCCUCGCCUCGCCUCGCCUGCCGCGCCCCAGCCCCGCCGCCACCAUGAUGGAGGAGAUAGACCGGUUCCAGGUGCCCGCCGUGCGCGCCGAGAUGCAGCCGCUGGAUCCAACAGCUGCAUCUAUUUCUGACAGAGACUGUGAUACAAGAGAGGGAGAGACUGUAGCCAUGAACUAUAAGCCGUCCCCACUUCAAGUGAAAUUAGAGAAGCAGAGGGAGCUGGCUCGGAAGGGCUCCCUGAAGAACGGCAACAUGGGAAGCCCAGUUAAUCAGCAGCCCAAGAAGAACAACGUGAUGGCACGAACAAGGCUCGUCGUUCCCAAUAAGGGCUAUUCGUCGUUAGACCAGAGUCCAGACGAAAAGCCACUGGUAGCCCUGGAUACGGACAGUGAUGAUGACUUUGAUAUGUCCAGAUAUUCUUCCUCGGGAUACUCAUCAGCUGAGAUCAACCAAGACUUGAACAUCCAGCUGCUCAAGGAUGGGUACCGGUUAGAUGAGAUCCCAGAUGAUGAGGACCUUGACCUAAUCCCCCCUAAAUCAGUCAACCCUACCUGCAUGUGUUGCCAAGCCACCUCCUCCACCGCCUGUCACAUCCAGUAGUGAGGCCGGCAGGCUGUGAUCAGUGCUUUCCACUAUAACUGUAAAACUUAACAGCCAUUGCUUCCUCCUAUGGUAGGACGUGCACCUCUUUGUGUUCAUGGAGCCAGGAGAAACCAAAAAAUUCAUUUUAUGAUUGGUUGAUAAGUUAUUUUAAACUAUGGUUAAACAAAAGAGAAGUUGCUCUAAGUGCCAGGCAGUGCCUGGCAGAACUGUCUGGUCUGGAGAGCGAAUUGCAGAGAGGUACAGAGAUACCUCCUUGGUUUGUGUAGGCACUGGGGAUGUUUUUUAAGGUGCCUGUUCCACCAAAACCAAUCCAUCUGCAAGACCAGGCGUGAGUCUGAGGUGUCAGGGGGUUUUACCAGUGAGAGGAGGUCAGUUCUUAAUUUAUUCACUAAACCUGUUUCAUUUGCAUAACCAAAAUGAUACUGUAACUGGGGCACAGGAAUGGGAAUGGAGCAGGGCAUCCUUUCUUUUGGCAAGGUUAGCCAGGACUAGCCACAAUUCAUUCACUUGCAAAGAGGACAGACAGGUAGCAUUUCACUGUGAGUCAGUACUAGCUAGAGCUGUUGCAUCACGUAUCCAGUGCAAUCCACCCUUAGCUCCACAUUAAGUUAUCACCAAACAUAUCAGAUUUGGUCUGCAAUCCAUCUACGCUCUCCAGGGAUUCAGUCCUUUACUGAGAGUACCAUAUUCCGAGUUCAGUCCAGUCAUGUAUAUUGACUUCAGCCUAUACUUUAUUCCUGUGAGACCCAUCUCCUUCCAACAACCUCAGACUUUGUUCAACUGAGAAAAAAAUGAAUCCUGCACAAGACAGGACUACAGCUGUGCAGUCUGAAGGCCAGUGCUGGAAAAGCUAGUUGAAGAGAGCAUGUUUUCACAGUGCUUGACUGUUGAUAUUCUCUUGACACUGUAUCUCUUGGUGCCUGUGGGAGAGAUUUGUUAAUCCUCAAGGCAUCUGUGUGGUGGUGUCAGACUUUAGGGGAGUUUUCAGCAACAGCAGGAUCAUAAACAGCUUCAGCUAAAAUAAAAACAUCAUGAGAGGAAACUACUGUUCAUCCCAUCUCUGCCCACUUGUGAGCCAGGCGUGGCCUGUGUUAGAGCUGUCCCAUGUCAGGAGCAAUUGUGUCUGUUUCAUGCUGGAAUAGUCAGGAAACUUGGUGUUACAUUAGGUUGCUGGACUGAAUUUCCAAUUCACCAGAAGAUUCUUUUCAACGCAGAAUCUUUUCUGGAAUUAGGAAACAUGGCCUCUCCGUGGCCAGUCUUACACUGCUGGCUUCUGUAUACGCAGGAUUCAGGUCACGGGCUUGCAUUUUUCUUGAAAUCUUUUGCCACAGGCAGUACUGUGUUUCCCUGCCCUGCCAAGAAGGACCACCUGCCUUGUGCAAUCACUUGCUUUAUAGCUCAGGAAGGGAGAAGACAAGGGUAAUUCUGAGCUUCCCCUCAGAAUUCCUGAAUCACAAAACAGAGCCUGAGCUUCACCCCGACAGACUGAUCCCCCACUUGAAAUCUUCAUGAGGUGAGAUAAGUCUUUAAGAUGUCCACUUCGUGACUGGGAGAUGAUUUGUUUAACAUCUUGGGGUUUCACUCUGUGCAGUUUUGAACUGCAUGAUACCAUCCACAACAUGAGCAAAAGAGCAAGCACACAAUAUUCCUGGGCUUUAUUACUCACUGGCUGGUGUGGGCACCUGUUAAAGCUGUGUUUGCCCCCUCCCUAAAACAGGGUGCUGCUACCAUGGCUCCAGACCAGAGAAACAGGACUGAGCGGUGCUGCGUAUUGAGCAUCCCUGCCUGCUCAUGAAGCUGUUCUGGUUAACUUGCCAGCUCCUCUAGGAAGAGUGUUCCUUAACUCAAUUCCUCUCCCUUUCUCACCACCUGGUAGUGCUAAGGGGAAAUAUGUCCAAAAUGUUCCUAAAGAAGCACAAAGCACCAGGUCUCCAAUUCUUCGCUUCUCCUUUCAUGUGCCUGCUUUUCUCUCCAGCGCUAUCUCAGGUUGAGGUUAGCAAGUUGGCUGGAGGUGGAGGAAGGAUGCUAACAAUGCUGUGUAGAGAGAAAAGAUAAAAGAGAAAAAAAACAUUCCUUAAGGAUCCUUUUUUUUAAUGGGGAUUGUAGUCAAAACCUGACAGAAACACCAUGGUCACACCAAAUCCUAUAGGACAUGAGCAAAUCUCUUUAAAUCUUUACUCUUCUAGAGAGGGAAUUUGUUCAGCAUUGGUACCAUGCAAUGUCUUCAUCACGUUUAUCCUCAGCCUCUGUGCCUUCCAGCCAGGCUGCACACGCUCAGCCUUUCCCACAGCCCUUGCUCAGGAGCUCGGAGUGUCUCAGUGUGCCUGCUAGAGCAACGAGGCUUCUGGUUACGUGGUCAGCCAUGGAGGUCCCACACGUCCCCAUGAUGCUGCCAGCAUGUUCGGUCUAAGACGGAAUGAGGCUUGCUGACUCUUAAUCUCUCAGGGUUAACGCCUCCUUCUGAACAACAGACCUUGCCCAACAACCACUGUCCCAUGGCACCCUGACCAAGUCCUUUUAUUGCCCUUGUUGCUGUUUUUUGCCUGCCACAUUGAAGCAUUCCUCAACCCUACAACUGCCCUCAGCCCUCUGCAUUGUGCGAUGUGCAUCUGCUUCUUGCACAGCCUCUGAAGAGGGAGGGAGAUUAAUUUAAAUGUUACACUCAGUGCUUCCUCCAAAUACGGGCCGAAGCACAAUCCAAGUGUUUUUCCUGCGCACAGAAGGAGCUGGUUGCACAAAUAGCUCCUUUGGCAUGACAGUACAGGACCAUAAAAUGGCAAUUUUUUGGCUUCUCCUCUCUAUGCUUUGUGUUCAUAUAUUUUAUUAGGGGGAUAAAGUAGAAAGGGUGGGGGAAAGUAGUUACCUGUGUAGGGUCAUUAUCAGGAAGGCUGAAUGGAUUAAGGCAAUUCACAUGUGGCUAUCGUAGAAACUUUAACACUUAACCCUUCUGAACUGCAGCCCCUUAAACAGGUGAUGACCAUAGGGCAUGUUUGUUGGCUCAUUAUGGAAUAUAGUGGACAGCCCAUCGGUAUGUAUGAACCGCAGACUGGGCUGGCUCUCCCUGUCUGGUUUUGUGUUCAGACCUUUGCUUCAGCCAGGUUUUCCUUAUGCCCUUGUUGGGGGUUAUGCUGUGGUGACUUCCCAGGAAGAUGUAUAGAUACGUGACCAUUCUGGUGCUGCUCUCCUUUGACCAGUUUCUGCCACCACGUCCUGGAGAAGGCAAAAGCAAAGGGAACAGAUGCUGACUCUCUGUUGCAGCAUUAUAAAUCCCUUAAAUCUGCAGAGCUGCUGGGCACUCUCCUAAAUGCACAUUGCAUGCAAGAAAGUAAAGUGUUCCUCCAGUCUUUGCACCAAACCAGAUGGUCUUCUCAGGCCCCAUUUUCAGUUCAGAGUUAUACAGGAUGCCAAGAGGAAGAGCACCAUGGAGUAUGAAUGGCUGCAUCACUAUCCACCUAAAUUAUCAUGCAAACAGGAUUUAAGUAUAUUGUUGCUGGUGCCUCCACAAUGGAAUUUGCAUUUGAUGCCUCCUAAAGUCAGACUGGGUUUUUGUUAGGAUUUUGUGUAAUUUUAGUCACCAAGUCACCUGAGUUUAAUCAAGCCCUUUCCUUUUAUCACAUGUUAAUUUCACCCUUUAAUGUGAGCUGGCUUUGAACUCCAGGGUCUGAGCACUCAACUCUGUCUCUCCAGUCUGCAGACUUCCCAUUUCCAGAUGUCUGUGUGAGGAGGAGCAUCCUCCUAGUGUUGAGAAAGGUCUUUAGAUAGCAUCGUCUAGUCUGCUUUUCUGGUGGUUAUAUAACAAUAAGCUUUGGCUGAAAGAAGGCUGAUGUCCAGGCAACCAUCCCGAAGGCCCAUUUGAUGUCUUACUGGACAUAUCUUGAAGCCAACCCUUGGAAGAACUGCUAGAUCAUAUCUGACAUUGCUGUGUGUCUACCCCCAAAUGUACACUUGGCUGUUGGGUCUGUUAUGGUGUUCUGGCUAUCUUACCUGCACAUACCUUGCCACUGCAAAAGCAGGUGGCCAAGCCUGCUGCAUGGACUUCAAAAGGGACUUCAAGUCACUUCCCCAUGGACAGGAUGGACUCAGCUGCUUUUGGUUUGUCUCUCUAGCUCCUUUCCCAGAGGAGGCACCCGCUCUGCUCAGCUGUGUGCUGGCUGACACAUUGGUCUGCAAUCCUGAGCAGAAUCCUUUCCCCUCCGUGCAGAGUCUGUCCUCGGGCUGGUUUGGAAGCUACACAACAGCACGCAGGGGGCUUGAAAAGUACAGCGCCCUGUCUAUGACUCAAGAGAAACAUGAAGAUGCUUUUGAAGAAAGGAAGAACCCAGCUGGGCACCAGAUGGAACAACAGAAAAAGGAAAACAAGCAGAAACUAGAAAGGUUGCCAAGUGCUGUUUUGGCCUAGGGCAGAUCCCAGUUGUCCGAGUUAAUCUGCCCCAGUGCAAUGCUGAUACCAGCAGGGAGCAAAGCUCGCUUUCCGAUGCUCACACCAGAAACACUGUGUCCCUGAGCUGGCAGCUCAGCCAGCUACUACUGCAGAGAGUCUGCUGCGCUGUUAGAGCACAGAAAUGAGGUCUGGCGUCCCUUGCUGCUGUUGGCACCCUGUACAUAUUUGAUGUAACCCCAGCCAAGUCACAUCCCCUCUCGAUGCCCGUUCCCUUCUGCAGCACAGGGGAGAAACCUGCUUUCCCAAGGUGCUACCAACACCCUGCACAGAUGUUGCCAGCAGUGUGGUGGGCACUGUUGAUAGGGUAGCUCUGCAAGCAAGAUGCAAAAAGCAUGCUAUAGAGAUUAUAUGCAUAUUUUCAAAGUACUACUCUGUUUUCCCUCUGCUUACCAGCUUCUGAUGUUGCCUGCAUGAGCCAGAAGGCUGCAGGAUGGAGGUUAGUAGAGAGAUUAAACAACUUUGGGGGAAAAUGUUUGGUGCGGAUGUUUCCCGGUUAUUUGGCAGCUGACUCUCACACAGCUGGCUUCUCAAUCUGCGUACUGCCGCAGGGAAUGUGUAGGAAGAUCUGGUGGCCCAACAGCACCAUUCCCUGCUAGAGAGUUAAGGAACUUAGGAGUGCGACUGAAACAGCGAGUGCUGAUGGGAAAGAAAAGACCACUGAAGGGGUCAUUUGGGAUAUUUCCCUGACAGUUAUGUAUUCUUAGCAUCCACUUAAUGAUUUGAGGGUAUAAACUGGCACUUUUGCUUAGGCGCUUCCUUUGCUUUUCCAUUCUCCAUUCAAGUGCACACAGAUUAUGGCCACUCUUGCCUAGAAUAAAGUAGACCUUCUCACCUGGCUGCACGUGCCACCGUGAGUAUACCCUGGCUUUGAAUUCUACUAGUCUUCAGACCUGACUCCUCACAUCACCCUCCUAUUUCUACUUGUCACAUCUCAAACAUCUGCACAGAUGGGCAGUGCCGUGUGGCAAGCCUGCUGGACUGGGUUGUACCUAAGGAGAAGGCAUGGGAAGUUCUUCAUCUUAAUGUGUUCUUCACCUCUAGGAGAACAUUGCGUCCCUGUCACUUCCUUUCAAAGCUUUUCUGUGAGAGGCAUUGCUCCAAACCUUGAACCACAUCUCGUCAGACAAGCCCGCAACACAAGCUCUGAAGCAGAAGGGCUAGCAAUUUAGUGUAGAGGUAGAGGUUGUGACCUGGGAUUACCUACAGAAGAUCAAUGUGGGUUUCUCACAAAGGCUGCUGUCCCUAUUUUAACUCUCUGUAUUAUGCAGCUGAGCUGCUGCAGCUGCUGCAUUGCUACCAGAAAAUUACAGCUACAUCCCCUCCUUUGCCUCCCUUGGCACUGGUGGCAAUGCCAGGAUCACAGCAGCUAAGUGCUGCCAGGCUGAGCACUGCUCUGACAGCUUGCUGGGGCAGCAAAGGCUGGGGACUAGUGGAGAUCCCAUGGAGCAGAGCACCGUGGCCCACGUGGCCGUGUCACAGAGCAGCGCAGACACUGGCAGGACGGGUUGCAGCUUCCCCUGGCCCCUGUGGCGAGCAGCUCUUCCAUUGCUUCCCAGACACACGUGCCACUGGUGGUGGCUCCAAGUCUUUCUGUUUCUGUAAAAAGCUGCACCAGCAAAAGAUGGAUUUGUUUCUGGAAGGAGCACAUCUUGCUGGUUGUGACUGGUCCGUGGAGCCAUUUCCACAGUAACAAAUAGUGAUAGAGGUGGUGGGAUUGCAUUGGUGAGUGGAAGGUACAAAAGAAGCCUCAUUAGAAUGUGACCGUCUCAGACGUCUCACUGGAAACAAGCACAGUAGGCACCAGGAAAAGAAAAGGCCACUGAAAGGCCAUGCUGAGAUAAGUCAUCUUACCUGCUGAGAUGUUUUCCCUCACAGAGCAGCAUUUCUCCUGUCAUUGCCCAUCCAGUUGCUCCAGGUGAGCUCACUGGGAGGCCCCACUCUCCUUCUAGAUUGCCUUCUUGCUUCUGCACCCCAAAAAAAAGCUGUGACUCCUUUUGCUACUCACCUCCCUUGAGCCUGCGUGACUUGGGAGACCCAAAGUUUAUUUAUUGGGACAUGUAAUACAGACACAUCAGGAGAGCUGGAAAACUUGGACAAGCUCGCUUCGCAACAGCCCUUCUGAGUUUUAGCACUUUCCCCUCCACUCCCAGCUCACAGAUUUCUUUGCUCAGUUCUUUUGCAUGGAAAAGCUGCAGUAGCAGCUGAGUUCAGCUUGUAGCUGCUUCUGUCCUGAGACAAACCCAGGCCAAACAUCAGACCAGCAGGAGAUGCAACAAUGGUGGCAGGUGAGCCAGAGAGCAGCUGGGUUUUCUCUUCCCCCACCUGAAGGCUGUGGGGCUGAGGGUUCACCAGACUGGUGUAAAACCUUGGUGUGAGCCAGCAAGCCGAGCCUAGGCCACCUUCACCCUGCUGGGCUCCCCUCUUGGGACCCAAGCAGCAGGUCCCAGGUCUGACAGCCCAUUGCUCCCAGUGGGGGCUGGAGACCUGCAGUAGCGGUGCUGGUGGGAUGUCUGCGCUGGGGCAGGGCACCGUCAGACACACUGGUAGGGAUGUAGUUCUGCAGGGAGAAAGGUUCUUGUAGAGGAUGAAGUCUUUGCAAGGGAGAAAAGUCAGAAGGUUGGGGAGGGUCCCCCCCCUUUUUUGCACAUUUUUAACCAUUUUUGCUCCUUCCACAAAUACUAUUUAACUUUAAUAAGAAGGAAAUGAGCCACCAUUAAUAGCUUUCUGAAGGGUCUGAAAGCAUGUGCCACUUGCAUGCUGAGCUGGUUGUGCCACACGUGCGGCUUCCAGACCUCAUACAUCCUGUAGCUGAAUCACCCUGAGCACUGUCCAGAGACUGGGGUGGGAGAGUCAGUGCUGACCAUCGUAUCCGACACCCACGGCUUCUCAGACUGAAGAAGAAUCAGACCAGGAAGGGGGAAAAGCAGCAGCGAUGAUAGAAUAGCUAGUUGUCACAGGUAAACUUCGGUAUCCAUGUCCAGUGGUUAGUCCUAGAACCGCAAGCCUUGUUAUAUCGCACAAGUCCUCCUGCCGCUCCUCUUUUCUCAAAGCAGCCAUCGUCUUUCCUCGCCCCCACCCCAUGCACUGGUGAUGAGCAUCAGAGGCAGUUGCACCAAAGUGACUCAGCCCAGUUCAUCAUCCACUCUCCCACCUGAACCCAAGGCAAUCCAGACAGUUGUUGCCCAUCACAGGUCUUCAUUGUUAGUAUUUCCACUUGGGUUUCUUUCCUUGUGUACCAUAGCUUCCUCCAUGUGCACUCUAGCAGGGUAGUACAGGAGGCUCCAGCCAUGUCCCAAGAAGCUUCUUUGCCCCCGGCAGCACCUUGCAGACACGCACCUUACUGGGAACGUGCUGGGUCAAUGCUGGUGAGACGUGGCGCUGCCGAUCUUGCAUAGGUGGCAGCUGAUGGGGAUCCACGGGGAAAAGCUGGCAGAAAGUGGCUGCUGUCCCUUUUAUUUUUGGAGGGAGAGGGGGAUAUUUUUGGCAUUAUGAUAAUUGUCCACCUUCCAGUGGCCAAGUUCUGGGCUGCAUUAAUAAUUGGGGAUAAUUUGCUAUCCGGGCAGGUAAGGAGCUUUGCACUGACCUUAAUAGCAAACGCCAUGGCUGUACCCAGAGCCUGGAUACAGGCUGGGUUUGCCCCAUCUUGGAAAGUGCUUUCAGCUGGCUCCAGAUAGACAUUUCUGGCAGGCAGGGAAACAGCACUCCUCCGAGUCCAGAUCAAAUCUGCCCUUCCAUUUCGUGUCCUCAGCUUGGAAAAAACCUCAACCCAAGAAAAUGCUUCCCAGGUCUCCUUCCCCCAUGCGGUGCCUGACGCCCCAGGGAAGGGCGUGAUGGGAGGCAUUUGGGAGUCACCAAAAGCGAGAUCCUUUUUGGAUGUAUUUAAUGGAAAUUUAUUUCAGGAGGAGAGACCUCCCGACCUUUGCGUUAAUCUCAAGAGCAGGAGAUGAGUUUCUGGCUGUCCUUGCAUAUAGUGAAACAUAGCUGAAACAGCCAAAUGCAAAGUAGAAUUAAAUGUAGGGUUUGACCUGAAUAACCUUUUAAUUAGGAACAUAAAUUUGUUGUAGCUUGACCUUAGUCCAUGUUAGGAACCUGCUAAUCAUUUGACAUGCAGAGUGUAUUAAUGCUGCACUUAACUUGGCCAUUGGUUUUAUUACCUGGUUUGGGGAGUUUUUUCACUCCCAAAGCAUCAGUCUACAUGUCGUAUGGGUUUUCUUUUCUUUCUUUUCCCGUUCAGAACAUGUAGCACACUGUCGUACUUCUGUUCCCGUCUGCGUAGAGUAUUGCCUUAAACAGAUCAGUUGUGUCGUGGUUUGUUUUGGGUUUUCUUUUUUCUACCAUCAGUUUUAUGCAUUAAUUUAUUUUAUAAAUGUGCGUUUUUUUGGAAAAAAAAAAAAAAAACACGAAACGUGUGUAAUAUUUUUUUGUUAACAUUUCCAUUGCAGUAUUUAUCAUUGUUACUGGUUGUGUGUAGUGUAACAAAAUUAAUGAUAUUAAAAAGCAUACGUAUGAAAA